ACUCUUCAUCUUCUUCGUUGCUCUCUGCGUUCGAUUUCGCUUUGCGUAUUAAUCAUCAUUUUUCGCAUUUUGUUUAUAUGUUAUUAUGCUGUUUGCUAGUAGCAUCGUAAUUUAGGCCAAAUUGCAAAAGGUAGAGAAAUUCAUUUCCUACAUUGUGACCUAAUUUGAUUGUUAUGCUGCGCCAUUUUCCUGCAUGUUGGUUAAUCAUGUCCUAUGAAGCACCAACACAGACGCGGAGACGACAUUGACAGUGAUUAUUUGAGAAAAUGACAUAAUUGAAUGAAAUCACAUGUAUAUGUGCCGUGGCAAACACUGACACUUGUCAGACGUCGGAUACGCCUUCAAUCAUAAGUGUCAUGCUACAGCAAAUUCAUGUUUAUAACAUCAUGUUCAUGAUGUUAUUUGUUAUGCUACUAGCCUACUAAUACAUGAUAUGGUAGUGCCUACCAACGCGACAUCGACACAUGUUAAUGUUGCAUUCAUGUCUUUCCAUGUCAAUAUGUCAUUGUUGUGUUCGGCGUCUGUGUCAGUGCUUCAUAGAGUAGUCAUGUGUUCGGCGUCUGUGUUUGUGUCAGUGCUUCAUAGAGUAGUGAUGCGCUGGCUUAAUUUAAGGAAAAUAGAUUAACUGAUUGUUAUGCUGCGGCAUUUUUCUGCGUGAAAAUGAAUCAUUUCUAUAACACUGUUCAUAAUGCUAUCUUUUAUGCUACUAAUGCAUGAUAUGGUAGCUCAUAAACACGACAUCGGCACAUGUUAUAUUCAUGUAUUUCCAUUUUCUUAAAUUAUUAUUGGUGUCUAUGUGUUGUUGUCGUGUUUGGUGUCCAGAGCUGUGUAAGUGCUUAAUAGAGUAGUGAUGAAUUGGCUUAAUUUGCUUGUUCUGUGUCAAUUUGGUAGAACACGUAGUGCUUCUUGUGGAAUGUGAAUAAAUACGAGUACAAGGAGGUGUUUUCCUUGGGUGAUAUUGAAGAAACUGAGGUGAUUUGAUAUUCAACAUCAACUCACUAAUGGAGUGCAACAAGGAUGAGGCUGUAAGGGCUAAACAACUGGCGGAAACUAAAAUGCAAAGGGGUGAAUUCGUAGAUGCACUGAAGUUUGCUAAAAAGGCCAAAAAUCUGUAUGCUGGUGUGGAAAACAUUGCUCAGGUCCUUGCAGUUUGUGAGGUUCACAUUGCUGCACUGAAGAAACUCUCUAUGUUUGAAAUGGACUAUUAUGAAAUUCUUCAGACACAUAGAUUCUCCGAGGAAGCAAUCAUAAAGACGCAGUACAGAAAGCUCGCACUGCUACUUCAUCCUGAUAAAAAUAAAUUUUCUGGUGCUGAAGCUGCUUUCAAGUUGAUUGGAGAAGCCAAUAGGGUUUUGAGUGACCAAGCACAACGAUCUUUAUAUGACAAAAAGGUCAAAGUUCAUGUGAGAUCUGCAGCAAAUCAAGUUCCAAAUACAACAAAAUACUGGAAAAAAGUUUUUUCAAACUUCCCUUCUUGGAAUCCCCAUCUCAAAGCUGCAAAACAGACAUUCUGGACAGUUUGCCAACAUUGUAAUAGCAGGUUCCAGUACUACACAAAUAUUAUGAUUACUGCCUGUCAAAAAUGUAUUAGUCAACUUGCUGCCCCAUCAUUUGUACGGUUUCGUGCCCGGAAAAAUGCUCCCAUGCAGGCUCCACCAAAAGCGGCCUCCAAAAGUAAUGGUGGAAAACCCCUUGGUGGUAGAUAUGCAGAUGCUUUUGUGCAGUCAUAUCCUUCAUGUAUGAAAACCUCUGCCGCUGGGGUUGGUAAGCAACUUAAUGAUGAAAAGAGUAAGUAUGGCUAUGUUCCCCUGUCCAAACCAAUGGAGUCACAGGCCUCAAAAAGUGUUGGAAAUAAGAGAGUGAGAGAACCUGAACCAGAUUCAAAAGACAGAUUCAACACUGGAAUUGAUGAUGAAAAGAAAGAUGUCAAUGUUCGAGAAAGUUAUGUUGAUCCUUCAAGAUUGAAUGUUAGGUCGUCUUCCAGACAAAAGCAGCACGUUUCGUAUGUGGAAACCAAUGAAGAUGACAAUUAUGAUAUUCAUCCCAAAAAGCCACGACGAGAUGAAUCAUUGAACAUUGAUGAAGUUGAGAAAAAGAACGUGUCUGAAGAAACAUUUUUAAGGAAUACAAGCAAAGAUGGGCACUCUCAUGUUCAAGGUGGUAAGGAAUUGGAGUCAGAUCUUGAUCCUAGAAUGUUAAAUGAGGAAAACUGUUCUCCACCGAAUUCAAAUAUCCCGUCUAGUCCAGAGAUCAUUCAUUGUCCUGAUCCAGAUUUCAAUAAUUUUGAGAAGGACAAGGCAGAUGAUUGUUUUGCUGUUAAUCAAUUAUGGGCAAUUUAUGAUAACACUGAUGAUGUUAUGCCAAGACUUUAUGCUCUUGUCAAGAAAGUGACCUUCCCUUUCAAGUUGCAGAUUACUUGGUUGGAAGCUUACCCAGAUGAGGAUGGCGAGGUUGAUUGGUAUAAUGCAGAUUUGCCUAUUGCUUGUGGUAAAUUCAAAAUUGCUAACUCUCAGAAAACUACAGAUCGUGAUAUUUUCUCUCAUCAGAUUCAGUAUAUCAAAGGAAAUAACAGAGGCUCUUACCUAGUGUUUCCCAAGAAGGGAGAAACUUGGGCAAUUUUCAGAAAUUGGGAUAUCAAGUGGAGUUCUAAUCCAGAAUAUUAUCGGAAGCGUGAAUUUGCUUUUGUUGAAAUCCUAUCAGAUUUUGCUGAAAAUUUUGGCAUUGAAAUAGCUUACUUAGGAAAGGUGAAAGGAUUUACUAGCCUCUUUGAGAAAACUCAAAAUAAUGGAGAGAACAUGUUUUGUAUUCCACUGAAUGAGCUAUAUAGGUUCUCACAUCAAAUCCCUUCAUAUAAGAUGAGUGGUGAUGAGAGGGAAGGUGUUCCGAGAGAUUGUUUUGAACUUGACCCCGCUGCCCUGCCAACUUACAUAUUUGAAGCUGAAAAGGACUCAUCAAUCUUUGGAAGAUCAAGGGAAGACGUGUCAAUGGCAUGUUAGAGCUUAUGAGGGGUAAGAACACCAGUAUUCUAAAAACUGGAGGAAAACAGAAUUCCUCAAAUUGUUUUCUUACUCAUGUAUAUCUUUUCUUCGUACACAACCUGUGUAAUCUAGAGUAUAUCCUAGUCUUGUGUUUUUUUUUACUAACUCCUAAUUUGUAUUGUGGCUUGGUGUUCCUUAAUUGUGCUCAUGUGCGAUAAUUUCUCGAUUUGCCAUCGUAUGGAGGUUGCCUCCGUACCCAAGUUUAUUUUCCCUGCUGCUACCAUGAUACUGUUACUAUCAUAAAUCGUAAUGACAUUUGCAUUGCAAGGUUAGUGAAUGUGGGUAGAGAAUAGUAAAUGAUUAUUGGGCAAACUACCAUUUUAGUCCCUAAAAGUGCAACGCGUCAUCAAUUUAGUCUAUGACUCAAACAAAAUCACAAAUUAAUCCUCCAUUUUGCACUCAGUUAGUCAUUUUAGUCUUUGACGUUAAAGUGGGACGUUAAGUCAUUAAAAUUGGUGGCGUGUCAGGUAUGAAGGUCAACUAGCUUGUUGAUGUGUCCUUAGGGACCAAAAUGAAAGAAAAUAAAAUUCUUCUUCAUUUCCCAACAGGCCAGGGAAAACAUCAUCAGGAUCAUGAAUAUGUGGAUUCUCUUCAACAAUAUAAGGAUCACCACACUUUUCACUUAUUGUUUGAAGUGUCUCUCCCUCGCCAACAACAAGCUCAAAACCAACAUCAAUGCCACAAACAAAGCACAGUUCCAUGAAAUCUUCUCUGCCAUUGCUGUUGAUGAACAUCCACAAGCCAUUUCUGAAUUGUAUAAAUCUCUUGCUCAAUAUGACAAUGUUAUAUGUUUUUGUUUUUUGCUAGUACGAUGUGAUAUGUUUGGUUUUA